AGGACCCGCUCGUGCGGGUGCGCGUGCGCACUGGGGCGGGCUGCCGUCGCCGGACCGCCUCCGCGCAGCCCCGGGCCUCCUCCGUCUCUGGGCCGGUGAUGGCGGGUGCGGUCCCGCUCUCGGGUGUGCUGGGGCUGCUGCUUGUGUCUGCGCUGCCGGGCGUCCUCGGAGACCGCGCCAGCCCCGACCUCCGGGCACACCCAGGGAACCCAGCCGGUGUCGGCCCCGGGGCCACGGAACCCCGGCGGCGACCGCCGCUCAAGGACCAGCGCGAGCGGACCCGGGCCGGGGCGCUGCCUUUAGGGGCGCUCUACACCGCAGCCGUCGUGGCUUUUGUGCUGUACAAGUGUUUGCAGGGGAAAGAUGAAGCUGCAGUUCUCCAAGAGGAGGCAGGCAAGAAGCAAUCAUUGCAGUCAGAGCAACAGCUGACCCAGUUAACACAACAGCUGGCCCAGACAGAGCAGCACCUGCACAAUCUGAUGGCCCAGCUGGAUCCCCUUUUUGAGCAUGUGACUACGUUGGCUGGAGCCCAGCAAGACCUUCUGAACGGGAAACUGUGGACAAUCCACCAGCUGCUAAAGGACAGCAAGACAAGCAAGGGUGUGACGCUCCCAGAACCAGGUAAAGGGUUGGGAGGUGAGUCUGGCAGAGGUGGAGACAAAGCCUCUAAACCUGGAACAUGCCUGAUCUUUCCCCUCACAGAGGCCAGCACACCCUUUCCUCACAACUUAUGUAUAGAGGAAGAUGAGGAGGAGACUGGUGACAAUCAGGUCUGGGAGGAGCCCGUACACUGGAGCACAGAGACACGGAACCCAGCUACUUCCUGGGAAGUGGAGCAAGGGCUAAGGAGAAGAUGCAGAAAGGCUGUGGCAAAAGGCCCCAGUCAGAGCCCCAGCCAGGAAGGAGGGACAACAGCUGAAGGUUUAAUAAAACAAAGUCUGUUCUUGUAA